GUGCCACCAUGCUGAGCGAGGCGAGUAUGCAGAUUUUUGUGCUAGUGCUGGCGGUGUUCCUCCAAGAUUCGUGCGGGGCUGCCAACUAUGAAGCCACAUGCGGAAUCUUCAAGAGACCGACAUCAACUUGGAGAUCCCGGGUCAGUUCCCUCCGGGAAGAGUCCACCAGCCCGUACAUAUUGGGGGGUAUUACGUCCUCCACCGACGACUUCCCAUGGAUGGUCAGUUUACGUCGGCUGCGUCCUGGCAAUAAAGUUUCCACACAUUUCUGUGGAGGCUCCAUCGUGUCUGAAAAUGCCGUAGUGACGGCCGCGCAUUGCGUCGAAGAAGCCUCAGAUCAGAAUCCCAUCGUCGUUCUGUUCUACGAUACGCAGAAGAAAAUGUUCGUGAGGAAGAUAAAGCGUAUCGUGAUACAUCCUCGCUACAACACUCAGACCAACGACUACGAUAUCGCCAUCCUUGAGACCGAGAGCAAAUUUGAUUUCGGCGGGGCCGAAUCCUUCCUUCGACCAAUCUGCUUGCCGAAGGAAGACGACCAAAUCGAACUUUGGAGGGUCUGUGCUGUCGCCGGCUGGGGUAAAUUGAAUCAAGAAGACAGGUACGCUUCUCGAUCUCUGCUCAUGUCCGAUGUGCCGAUCGUUGACAAGCGUUUGUGUCAGAGGUCGUACUCUUUCCUGAAUCCGAUCACAAACCGGAUGUUCUGCGCCGGAGAUUACGAGCACGGCCAGAAAGGGACCUGUCAGGGUGAUUCCGGAGGCCCCGUUAUGUGUCUCCGUCCGGACCGCCAACGGUACCAGUUGAUGGGCGUCACCUCAUGGGGCUUCAGCUGUGGAAAAGCGAAAUUCCCGAGCGUUUUCACUGACGUCGCAAAACUCACUCAAUUUAUCAAGGAAACUACCGGGCUGGAAUGAGUUUGAGCCACAAAUCAGAUGAUGACAAAUUUCCUCGCGUCCCUGAUCUCCUCUUCUCUGUAGAAUAAAGCAAGUCUCUCACACGG